UAAAUAAUAAUUCUAACAUUAGAAUAGAUGGAUUAUGUUCAUAAAAUAAAUUUGUACUGAGGGGGUCCUUAGAAAGUAAAUAAUUAAUUAAUUAAUUAGUAUUUUGGUAUUUUAGCAGUAUUUUUACAGUUAAAGGUAUCCUGGACUGCAAAAAGUUUGAAAACCCGUAAUCUAGUCAAUGAGAUAAUUUGAUAUUUAAUAUACUGUCAAUCAAUAGUCCAGUAAUUCCGUUCUCUCUGUCUUAGAAACAAUUUCUGGAGUAAUAUAGUGAAAAAUGGCAGUAAGUAUAAAAAUGUACCACGUAUCACCCUGCAGACAUGGACAUUAUGAUUAAUCUGUUGUUUGUACUCUCUCCAAGGCCUAGGAGUGCUAUAAAAGUUCAUCUAUAAUGUUACUUCUGCAGGUGGGUUGGUAUUACAAAAUGUUUCCUCUCUACAAAGAAGUGAGAAAGGAAAUCUUGAUGAGUUUCUUUUUUAGGUGAGUCAAGCACAGAGCAAAAGCAGCUCAUUUCUUACACAUCCUGUAUGCAUUCAGGUCUCCUUUAAGCCGCAAACCUAUUUAGCAGUGCAGGUGUUUAAUCUCUCAAACCUGCUUUCCUGUCACGAUGAGGAGCUAUCUACACAUUGUCGCCUUCAUCAUCCUGAAUUUCACAGCAGACUGUGGAGCUCGGAUCCAUGUUGUUUACAAGUCAAUAGGAGAAAAAGCUCAUCUCACAUUGAAAGAAGACAGGAAUAUAACAACAGUCAAAUGGAGGAAGGAUCAAAGUCCGAUUGCAAUUGUAGAAAACCAAAAGCAAGUUACGAGGUAUCCAGAAAAAUUUCAUAUACAUGUUUCUGACAACUCCUUGUUUAUCCAUAAUUUGACGGUGAAUGACUCUGGACAAUAUCGAGCUGAAACUGGACAAUGGGAAGAAGAAAUAAUCAUAUACCAUCUGAUAGUACAGGAGGCCGUCUCAACACCAGUGAUUGAUGCCAGUCUUAAUCACCAGUCAAACUCUUCGUCUGUUUGCCACAUCUUGGUAAAAUGUUCUGCUGAUGGUGACUCAGUGACAUACGACUGUGAUCACCAGCACUGCACGCAGACAAACGCUACAUCCAUCAGAUUGACCAUUACUAUCAACUAUACCAAUAAUGGGGUGUUGGAAUGCAUAGCCAGCAACCGUGUGAGCACAAAACGGACAUCAAUAUCCAUGAGUAACACAUGUUCAGAAAAACAACCAGUACAAACCAAACAAAUCAAUUACAUUUUAGUUUUAAUAAUCAUAAUAAGUUGCACAGUGGUGUUUGGUGUCCUGAUGAUCUGCGCUAUCAAACUUUUUUACAAUAACAGAAAGAAAGAACAGAAUGAAGGAACAUAUCAAGAAGAUAAGGGCAUAAACACUGUCUACAGUGUGGUGCGCAAGCAACCAAGAACCGAGACUCCAGCAGACAGCGGCCCUGCAGAAAAUGCAACAGCAACAGUUUAUGACGUUCCCUCGAAAUGUGCCAGGGCACCCCAAAGUCACAGUGAUGACUGUGUGCAAAAGGAUGACACACAUACAGUUUACUGGAAGCUGGGGCAGACGCAAGAAGCAUGAUGCAAUCUGAUCCUGGAAGUCAAUAUUUUGCUAAAUAAGAUGCUAUAUAACCUGGCCAUUUAUAUAUAUAUAUAUAUAUAUAUAUAU